GUGGCUCAAACCCACAAGCUACGUGAUCAUGACCUGAGCUGAAGUCAGAUGCUUAACCGACUGAGCCACCCAAAGAACCCAAAGAACCCCUAUGGUUCUUUAUUUAAUAGUGAGGUAACAUCAGUUGCUCAGAUCAAAAAAUGAGUAUGACAGAAAUUUGGGGGGCACCACUGAGUACCUGGCCAUGUGUCACAAGGAUUCUCUUUUGAGGGAUGGCAGAUGGGGCUUUGCACCGUUCCAGAUCAGCAGCAUUUUGCUAGUGAAUAAUUAAAACCCUGACUUUGGGAUCUGUUGGGACCAUAAGACUCCCUGGUUGAAGCUUUUCCUAUGGUAGGUGGAGAGCUUUCUUUGGAGUUUGUACCAAGUGAACAGAGAUGUGAGUUGGCCAGAUGUGAGCUGAGGAGUUAUAUGAGGAAAAAAAGGGAGGCACGGGUGCCACCCCCUGCUCCAUAUAGCCUGUGCCUGAUCUUAUCUCCCAGCAGGACCAGGCAACCAUGGAGGAAGAAAACUACACGAGUGCCUCUGAGUUCAUCCUCCUAGGGCUCUCCAGCCAGCCCGAAAGGCAAGAUCUGAUCUUUGGGCUCUUCCUUGUCAUGUACCUGGUCGGGGCAGCAGGGAACUUGCUCAUCAUCCUGGCCAUUGGUUCAGACUCCCACCUCCACACACCCAUGUACUUCUUCCUCAGCAACCUUUCCCUUGUGGAUUUCUGCUUCAUCUCCUCCACAGUCCCUAAGAUGCUUGUGAACAUCCAGAUGCAGACUCAGUCCAUUUCUUAUUGUGGCUGCCUAACCCAGAUCUACUUCUGCAUUUUGCUUGCCAACAUGGACAACUUUCUCCUGAUGGCAAUGGCUUAUGACCGUUAUGUGGCCAUCUGCCACCCCCUUCACUAUUCCACCAUGAUGAGUCUGCAAAUCUGUGCCCUGAUGCUGGGGAGCUCCUGGCUCAUCGCCAGCCUCCACUCCCUGCUACACACUGUCCUCAUGGCUCAGCUGGAGUUCUGUGCCAGCAACGUCAUCCCUUACUUCUUUUGUGACCUCAUUCCCCUGCUCCAGCUAUCCUGUUCCAAUACACAGCUCAACCAGCUCAUGAUUCUGCUGGUGGGGGGUUUGAUUGUCCUCAUUCCUUUCCUCGCCAUUCUUGUGUCCUACACCCACAUUGUGUCUGCUGUGCUUAAGGUCCCAUCUACCCAGGGCAAACAAAAGGCCUUUUCUACCUGUGGUUCUCAUCUCGCUGUAGUCACCCUCUUCUAUGGGACUAUCACGGGGGUCUACUUGAGUCCCUCAUCAUCCCAUUCAACUGACAAGGAUUCACUGGCUUCAGUGAUGUAUAUGGUGGUCACACCCAUGCUGAACCCCUUCAUUUACUGCUUGAGAAACAAGGACAUGAAGGGAGCCACAAGAAAACUGUUCAGUAUAAAGGCUUUAUCCUGUGGGCUGUGACAGCAAAGACCCCUCUUACGGCCUUUGUGCUGGGAAGGGGAUGAAUUAGAGACAGGCUCCACAUAUAGAGGGCUAGAGAAACAUAGACUUAGUUGUCCUGGGUCACCAUGGCCAGGAA